AGAGACUCAGUUUCUCCCCACCUAUUCCCCCCAUCCCCUGCCCGACACCAACCUGAAUGGACAGUUGGUUUGCCUUUUCUGUCCUAAAAACUGAUCCAUCCAUCCCCGGAGCUGUCAUGGGGGGUGAAAUCUGACACCUAUUUGGAACAGAAGCAGAAGGACAAGAAGAAGAAGAGGGAGGAGAAGGAGAAGGCACAGCAGCAGGAGAAAGUGUCAGUGGCCACUCGGGUUUGCUCAAUGGUGGCAGCUCCUUCUGCCGGUGGACAUGUCUGUGAAAGUCAAGUACCUCUCUCCUGGGGAUGUGGGAGCUGUGGGCAGAAGCUCCUCCUUCGCCGGGUUCAGCACCGGGCAGGAGAGGAAGAUCGCAAAGUCCCUCAGCAGAAACUCCAUGAAAUCGAAGAUGUCUGUGAAAUCCUCCAAGUAUGCCAUCUGCCUGGAUCCCAAGCCUCAGCAGGUGAAGAGAAUAUUUGAAGCUUUGAAGAAAGGCCUUAAGGAAUACCUCGGGGCCCAGCAGGCUGAACUGGAUUAUUUGUUCGGGAGACACAGUGACAUGAGGAGGAACUCCAGGCUGGCUUUCUAUUAUGACCUCGAUAAGCAAACUCGCUCAGUGGAAAGGCAUAUCCGGAAAAUGGAAUUUCACAUCAGCAAGGUGGAAGAGCUAUACGAAGGCUAUUGCAUCCAGUGCCGACUGCGAGAUGGGGCUUCCAACAUGCAGCACGCUUUCGCCCUCUCCCCUUCCACGAAGGCGUCCCGUGAGAGCCUGGUGGAACUCUGCAAAAAUCUCCAGGAGUGCUCCGAGGACAUGUGCCUGAUUGAAGGAGCCUUGGAAGUGCACUUGGGUGAAUUCCAUGUGAAGAUGAAAGGGUUGGUGGGUUUUGCCCGGCUGUGCCCCGGAGACCAUUACGAGGUGCUCAUUCGCCUGGGGCGCCAGAGGUGGAGGCUGAAGGGCAAGAUCGAGGCCGACGACAGCCAGAUCUGGGACGAGGAGGAGAAGGUGUUCAUCCCCACCCUUUGUGCCGCCUUCGAGAUUAAGGUGACGGAGCUGCGGGGCCUGACUUCCCUCCUGGUGGGUAUGGUCAUGUGUGACGUCACGGACUUCUUCAACACCAGGCCCCAGGCCAUUGUUGUGGACAUCACGGAACUGGGCACCAUUAAGCUGCAGCUGGAGGUCACCUGGAACCCCUUUGACACCGAGAGUUUCUUUCGGUCCCCUGGAGCGGCAACCAGGUUUUCUGUGGGCAGCAGAAAGGGAUCGUUGUACAACUGGACACCACCGAAUACUCCCAGCUUCAGGGAAAAAUAUUACCUCUCUAUUUUGCAGCAGCAGGGGACAAGGGGCGGCUGCGGGGGCCCCGCUCUCCUGAGGUACCUGUCUGACGGCGAUCUGGACGAGCCCCUGAGGGGAUGUCGACUCAAACAGCCCGAGGGGAACGAAGUGGAUUCUUUCAGUUCGGACGACCCCCGAGAGGCAGAAAGCGGCGCUUCUGCCUUGGAUUUGGGGCUCCCCUCUCCGACCCCCUGGCCCCACAGCUCCAUCGAGGAGGAGGAGCGAUGGGAAGACCACCUGCGGCCCCCAAGCCCCCGGCUUCCAGCUCUCGCCCUGGAGACGCCCCGCAGGGCCGGGGUUCGGCCUAUGACGCUGGACUUGGGGGACGGAGGCCAAGGUGACCCAGCCGACCAGAAGCAACUCCGGACCUCCGGUCUCCGAGAGACGAUCUUCGAAGGGCGGAAACAGGCGGAAAAGGUUGGGAGAGAGGGACAGGCCGAAGGAACCUGUCUAUCCAUUGAGAAAUACCUGCAAGAGGUUUUAGAUUUACUCAAGAUGCUGCAACCAGGAUCGACCCAGCUCCGGGAAUUAGAGUACCAAGUCCUGUGUUUCAAGGACCGGCUAAAGGCCCGAGGCUCUUACCGGGAGCGCUCGUCAAUGGAGAGUUUGAUGGAGACGGUGUUGGAAAGUUUUGACUUUUUAAAUGCCGAUUUUCACGCGGAUGACCUCUCCCUGUUCGGCAGCGUCAAGAACUCCAGUGUCAGCAACGAUGGGAUGUUGCAAUCUCUGAAAGCGUCGACCAAAGAGCUGACGGCAGGAACUGAUGAGCUGGAUGUGGUUCUGAUCGUUCAUCUUCAAGUGUGCAGUGCCCUCUUACAGAAACUGAUCUCCCCAAACUUGGCGAGCCUGGUCCAGGAGAGCCUGCUGGAGGAGCUGUUUGAGCAGAGAGAAGUUCUGGAGACGCUGUCUUCACUGGAUCUGCAGGUGGUCAGGAACGCUGCCUCUGUUGAAGACAUUCUCCCCCAGGCAAUCAAGAGGAAACGGUGCCUGAAGCUGUGGAGAGGGAGCACGGAGCCGGGAAGGGUCUUGGUCUGCUCAGCCGCGCGACUUCAAAAUCAACUAAAGAAAACGUUACUGCACAAAAUCAAAGCCAAAUACCCGGGACAACUGGAGACAGUCUGUGUCAGGAUGCUGGAGCAGAUGGUCACACGCGGGGGGCUGCUCGCCUCCUCCGGCCUCUCCGAAGGCCUGGUCACGUGGUUCCAGUUCCACGGCUACUUGCAAAAGCAGAAUGUCAACAAUCUGGAGAAACACUUCGCGAGACUCACAAAAGAAGUGACGCUCGUCGAAGAGGUGCAGUGUCCUGGGCGGCUGAAAAGGAUCAAGAGACUGAAGGGGAAGCGGCUGAGCCAACUGCAGCCCCUGCCCCACACGCUAAGGACCCUUGCCCUGCUACAGUUGGAGGAGAACCAGCGAGUGGGCAAAGCGGCCACUUCCUGCCUCGCCGGCGCUGCCAAGAACAAGAGAUUCCGGGAAAAGGCUGUCCUUUUUUACACCGAUGCCUUGACAGACAGAGAUGGAAAACUUCAGCAAGCCGCAUGUAUUGCCCUUAAACAUCUCAGAGGAAUAGAAAGCAUUGAUCAGAUUGCUAGUCUGUGUCAGUCCGACUUGGAGGACGUGAGGACUGCAGCCCGAGAGACUACACUGUCAUUUGGUGAAAAAGGACGUUCAGCCUUCGAGAAGAUGGACCGAAUUUGCUGUGAAAUGAGAGAGACUCUAUGCCAGGAAGCAGAUAUUGAAAUCACGAUAUUUUAGCCAACCAGCUAUUACAUGCUUGGUUCUACAUCAGUUCCCGCUGGGUUCUGCCUGCACGCAUGUAAGAAUGAGAGAGAGGGAUGCCUGCUGGUCACUGUCUAGCCUAAGGCUAGGGACUCCUUUCUGCAGGUUGGUGCCACUCAAAAAUGUAUGGUUUGGUAAACUGCUCACGUGCCUCGGCAAAGCAGCCUCCGAUCAGAGCCACUGAAUUAGAAGCACGUCUUGGGGGAAAGAGCUCAGGUUAGUGAGUCAAGAGAUCUGGGUUUGAGCCCCUGCUCUGCCACUUGCUUCUGCUGUAUGACCUUGGCCCAGUCACUUAACCUCUCUGUAGCCUCAGGUUCCUCAUCUGUACAACAGGGAUACCCGCUCUCCCUUACCUUAAAAUUGAGAGCCUCGUCUGGGACAGGGAUUAGGGCCACUCUGAGUAUCUUGCCUAUAUCCCAGUACUUAGUAUGAUAAAAACAAAAACUUUCCAAGCAAAGCGAAGGAUAGUUCAUUCAGUGUUAUGUCUCUACCGUACAGAUCUUUCAAAGAAUCCCUAGAAGGAAAAAAAGUUUGGUAAGUGAGCAAGAUAGUGAUCAGACGCAAGCUGUGAAGGCCAAAUAGAGGGAGGGAGAGUUGAGUUCAAGGAGAAACAGAAUAAGGCUUUUCUCCUUCAUUUUAGUAAUUCAGGGAGAAAGACUGGUGUUAAGGUGAUCUUUGUUCCUAUGAGCAAAGAAGAAUUGAGGUAUGUAGAAUUAAAAUCCUCUGUGUAGCACAAUUCUGAGUAGAGGAUACAGCGAACAAUCUGGAAAAUCCUUCCUGAGCACUACAGCUCUGUAAAAUCAAUGGCAUUUGAGCGUUUACUAUGUGCAGAGCACAGAUCUAAGCUAUUACCUGCCUCUCCCUGAGUAGAUUGUACACUCAGAGGGUAGGCAUCAUGUUUAUACUAACUCUAUUAUACUCUUCCAAGUGCUUAGUAUAGCGCUCUGCACUCAGUAGCAGCUCAAAUGCUAGUGCGGGAUUGGGUGGGGAGAACCUCGCAAAAGCGAUUGAAGCCAACUUAACCUUGGUUGAGCUAAUUAAAUGUCUUCCUGUUUGAAGUUUACAUUAGGAAAUUUCAAAGUUGCUGGAAAAUUAUGGAUGAAAAAUCAGUUUACUUUAGAAGCCCCAAUAAAUUUUUAUAUCUAGUUUUUCUAUAUCUACUGUAUAUCGAUGACAUUUGGAAAAGUCCAUAAUUUACACAUUACAUGCCUCAUUUAAAUCUUAA